CAUACUAGGCUAGGGUGGAACUAUAGUUCGCCUGUUCCGUGUGUCUUCCGGAAAUAUUUUGUCAAAGGACGAACAUGAGUCGCAUUUGUGGACAGCAGGUUGUUCGAUGGAGUUUAAGAUUGUCGCCCUCUCUUGCUCUGAAGUCUGCAGCUCGUGCCGAGCAGAAUGCGAGGCAGUUUGCAUUUGCCUGUCGAAUGUUGUGCUCUCACGCUCAUGAGUCUCAAACCUCGAGAGCGUCUGCACAGCAACAUGGAAGUGAGCUGACUUUACGAAUUCUGCUUGAUCUGGGUUUCACUGAGACACAGGCUGAGCAGGUGUAUGAGGGUGUCACCAGAAGCCUCGGGAAACGGUCCACCACGCAUGACACCUCUACAAUCACGGCCCUGUUAGCACUUGGUCUGAAUUCCUCCAGCAUCGUCAAAGUCUUUGAUAAAUGUCCGGCUUUGUACACAGAGAAGGGAGCAGUCGUGCAACAACGAAUGCAGAAUUUGUGCAAACUAGGGCUAGUUGAAGGUAGUAUUCAGAGGGUAAUAAGCUAUCGCCCACAAAUACUCACGCUACCUGCCAAGAAAGUGAAUGCAGCGGUCCAGUAUAUCAGAACGAAAUGUCUUUUCACCGCCCAACAAAUGCGAGACAUAUUGCGGGAUUCUCCUGAGGUGAUGGAAGAGGACCUCAAACACCUGGAACUUAAAUUUCAGUAUGCCUACUUCCGUAUGGGGGUAAAGCAGGCUGAAAUGGUGAAGGCCAAGCUGUUCAAGGUGAGCAUGGAGGAGCUGCGCUGCAGACACUGCUUCCUGGAACGCCGGGGCUUCUACCAGACGCCAGACAAGAAGGGCCAGACGCUCAUUGUCAACCCCAAGCUCAAGGACUUCCUCUUCACCCCCGAGGAUGUCUUCCUGUCCCAGUUCGCUAUGGCGACCAAAGAGGAGCUAGAUAUGUUCCGCAAGCUGAUCGCACGAGAAGACGAGGAGAAAGGCAAAAUGCUGGAGUAUGGGGAUAUUGAGGAGGACAAGGAAGAGGAUGAGGGAGAGGAAGAUCUGACUGACUUCAGGAGGGGGAACAUGGGACACAUGGGAUAUGAGAGGAACAAGAGAAAAAGAUGAGGCCUUGGAGGAGAUGUCUCUUGAGUUUUCAGUAGCAAAGGACAAUCCUGUUACUGUCAGGACUAUUUAGUUCCUUAUGAGAAAGAGAGUGCACUGCUUUAUUACUAAAAUCCUAUAAGGGAAUUGUCAAGUUGCACUGAGGAACUUGAAUGUAACUUUCACACAACAAAUUAUUUAAUACCCUUAGUCUUUCAUAUUUUUCAUUGGCUGUGUUAAAUAUUUGACCUUAAGCAAUAAUUAAUGUGGAGCACUUAAAGAUGUACCAGUGUCCAGAUUGUGUCUAUUGUGAAUCUACAUUAUUUGAAAACAAGUUUUUGACUGCAGAUUUUUUCAGUAAUGAAAAAACGCAUCAAUAAAUUACCUAACUGGCUUCAUCACGCUAUUGCAGAUAAACAGAAGCCAGGGUACACAUACAGCGGGUAAAAUAAGUAUUGAACACGUCACCAUUUUUCUCAGUAAAUAUAUUUCCAAAGGUGCUAUUGACAUGGAAUAUUCACCAGAUGUUAGUAUCAACCCAAGUAAUCCAUACAUAUAAAGAAACCAAAACAAAUAAGAAACAGAAAUUAAGUUAUGUGUAAUAAUGUGAAAUGACACAGGGAAAAGUAUUGAACACAUGAAGAAAGGGAGGUUCAAAAAGGCAUGGAGAGCCAAGACAACAGCUAAAAUCUAUCAGUAAUUAGAAAGCAGUCCAGCCCCUUGUCAGUGCAAAUUAAUAUCAGCUGGUUCAGUCCCAACUGAUGGCCUAUAAAAAGGUGUCACAUUACCAAGGUGUCACACAAGAUCUCAUGAUGGGUAAAAGCAAAGAGUGCUCUCAAGGCCAAGCCUGUGAAAUACUGGGAGAAUAUAGUCUGGUCAGAUGAGAGCAAAAUGGAACUCUUUGGAUGCCAUAAUACACACCAUGUUUGGAGAACAAAUGACACUGCACAUCACUCUAAACCACUAUACCGACAGUGAAGUUUCGAGGUGGGAACAUCAUGGUGUGGGACUGCUUUUCAGCAUAAGGUACUGGCAAACUUCACAUAAUUGAAGGAAGGAUUAAUGGAAAAAUAUACCGAGACACUCUUGAUAAUAAUCUGCCAUCUACCAGGAUGAUAAAGAUAAAAUGAGGGUGGGCAUUUCAGCAAGACAAUGAUCCCAAACACUAUUGGUUUCAGAGAAAGAAAAUAAAGCUGCUAAAAUGGCCCAGCCAAUCACUUGACUUGAAUUCAAUUGAAAAUCUAUGGAAAGAACUGAAGAUCGGAGUUCAUAGAAGAGGCCCACAGGAGGCGUCUUGAAGCUGUCAUUACCAACAAAGGCUUUUGUACAAAGUAUUAAAUAAAUAUCAAUAAGCGUGUUCAAAA